AUGCAGCUGCUGAAAAUUGCAACCCCUGGGCAACCUCACCUCAAGGAAGCGACACGUAAGCAAAGACGGACAGAGGAUCCGCGCUUCAAAUCACCCUUUUUCUCGUCGAAUUUUGCCUUUUUGAGCAAUGAGAUGAAUGUUCCAUCCGUCUCUGCUUUACGCGAGAAGGCUUUAGGAGAGCGGGACGCGUCGAAAAGGGAGGUUAUCGGCAAGCGCAAGCGUGCACUCACAGAACUAUGUUUUCUCCAUAAACAUCCGGAUAUUCCGCCAGACAUCACAUCUACGGCUCUCGCGGAUUCCGCCGACUUUAAGACUUUCCUUGAGGCCAAUGACUUGGAAGCUGGAAAGACCUUCGACGAGAGCACCCUUCCCCGCGUGCGCGACCUCGCAGUAGAUGUCGACACGCAUACAGAGCUUCUUGCGGUUACUACAGUCGCUGCCGUUCCUUCCAUACCUGUAGCGGAGUCUCCUGCUGUCAUGUCCCCCGGUGUUGACGGACCCGCAAGUCCUGGCACCGCCGAGUUCGCAAGACCAGGUCGCAUGACGACGCGCCGCUCAUCGCACGCUAUUCGGCACAAGUCUGUCACGGAUCUUGUUGCGGGAGAAAUUCCUGGACGAUCGCCUGAUCUCGGUACUCCGCGUCGGAGUCGGGGUAGCUCGCCGUUGGCACAAUUAGUGCAGACGCCGACACCUGUUCGCGACUCGCCUGUCCCUCAAUCAACAUUGAGAAGAGUCAAUCCUCCAUCGAGAUUAUCACAAGCUACGCCUAAGGAGAAGCGUUCGCGGCCAAAGUUCUCAGAGGUUCCGCAGUUACGUCAGCAUGAGCCUGGCCGGGAGCCUGUUUACUGGGAACAGAAGGCUCCAUGGCUUGUCGAGGCUUCGCAAGCGCCCUUGUAUCGUGUCAUGCAAUCGGCGCACAAAACUGUCAACACCUCGGAUUGGAAGACGGCCUUGAAUGAGACGAAGACGCUUCAUUCCCUUGAGCGCAUCGACACUCUGAAGAACCAGCACAAGUGGUCAUUCAGACAGCCGCAACGCCAACGUGUCGCCCUGCGACGCAAAGCUCAUUGGGAUCACCUCAUCGCUGAAGCACAAUGGCUGGCAACGGAUUUUCGACAAGAACGAAAAUGGAAGAUCGCCAUCGCUAAGCAAGUUGUGGAGUGGGUAAUGGCAUGGCACGAGGCCGGCGAAGACAAAGGCAUUGUAUGCAUCACAAGAAAGCCAAUCAUCCAUCUUACCGAAGCGAAGGUGGAGGAGGAGAGUGAGACGGAAGACGUAGUCAUGGUUGAUGACCAUAAGGAGGAUAGGUUUGUCAACAUUGACGGAGAUGAUGAUUCAUCAGUGCCCGAUGUUGAGAGCAUUGCCUCUAUUGUUCCACCACCUGUUGCGCCAAGCUCUUAUAAAAUUUCGGAUGGAUUGCCGUCGCCGGCGUAUUCAAUCAGAGACGACGAAGACAGGCUGUGGGAUCUGCUACCGGAAGAGUGCUUGGCAUUUGUCGUCAACCCACAUGCCGCGUUGCUUGAUCUGGAAAUGUACGCCCCUCCGACUCCAUACGACGAUACCACCUACCUCGAUCCGCUCGAACAGUUGCCAAUUGUGCCUAUCAGCAAGUACGUUUUGCAGAGGGCUAAAUUUGCACCCGCACUUGGCGCGAAGAGACUUAAGCUUGAGGGCGUUGAGGAUAAGGACGGCGAUGGUGAAAGAGAGCAAGGUCCGAUUGAUUUCGCUCUGGCUGGCAAGCAUUCCGAGGCCGUGCGGCGAGAUAAGCCGCAUCAGAUCAGGCCGCCGUUGCCACCUCUUCAUGCAACCGAGUACCGUAUUCCACCAAGCUGGAGUUCGGACGACGAUGCGUUGUUGUUGAGCUUGUUGCGUGACUACUCCUAUAACUUCGAGCUUGUUGCUACCUUGUUGCAACCUAGUACGAUGAUCUCUGCGCCAAGCGAGAGGAGGACGAGCUGGGAGUGCUUCGAGCGUUGGGUCCAAAUCGACCCCAUCGCUGCAAAUGUUGCUUUCACUGGUGCUCAUGCCAAGUUGGUUCAGCAACGCCUUGACCAUGCCCUUAAUCGUGCGAGGAUGGACUCGCCUGGUAUGAAGACUAGCAAGAAACUAGCCGAUGUCGCUGCACGUAAUCCUGCUAUCAGCAUGUUGAUACAGCCAAGACGUCGUCCAAGACAUAUCGGCAUGUUCGAAGCGAUGAAGAAGAUUGCGAAAAAGCGGGAGCUGGCUGCGAAGCCUGCACAGAGCAAGAAGGUCAUGCCAGAGCCGCAUCAGAACAAGGUCGUUGCACCGAGUCCGACACCCAUGGAUUUGGCGAAGCUCAAGGCGGACAGAGAUCGGGCCAUUGCUGCUGCUUUUAUCGAGCAAAGGAAUGCCGCUGCGCAGUUUGCGUUGCAAAAUCAGGGACGCCCCAUUCGACCGGCUCAGCAGCUUACGCCUCAGCAGAUCGCUGUUUACCAGGCUCAGCAAGCCGCUGCAGCGCAGGCUGCUGCCGCUCGAGGUGCCGCUGGACAAGCAGCGGUUGCUGCGGCUCAAGCUCGUCCUGGUGUUCCCUUACAGCAGCAACAGCAGUAUGCCAGACAAGCCGCUGCCGCCGCCGCUGCUGCGGGUCAACAGAUGCCUCAGGGUGGCAAGGUGGGAGCCCAGGUGCCUGCACGUCAAGGAGCAAUCGGAGUUCCGAACGGCGCGCCUGGUGCAUUGCCGACUGGUGCGAACGGCAGACCGCUUACGUACCAGGAGCAGAUGCAUGCAAUGGUUAUGGCACGUUACCCGAACUUGCCUCAACAGAGAGCAGCGGUUCAGCAGCAGCUUCAGUCCAAUGGACAGGCUGUGCCGUCCCCGGUUCCGCAGCAAGCAGUGCCUCAACCGCAAGUGCAGCCUCCGCCUCAGCAACAACAGCCUCCAGCGCAACCAGCCGGCUCACCGCCAAACCAGGCUGCUAUGUUGGCUGCCUUGCAAGAAGUUCAGGCUCGCGCGGCUCAGGUUGCCGCUGGUACUCCGGUUCCGCAGAUCCCUGCCGAUGCUUCGAGCCCCAUGGCGACGGUGCAAGCAACUAUUGCCGCACUUGCAGCUCAAAUCCAGCAGCAAUAUCCGACGAUUCCUCCGGAUCAGGUGACGAAGAUGGCUCAAGCUCAGUUGGCGAGAUAUUUGCAGAGGAAUGUGGGACAACAGCAGCAGGCAGCUCAGGCUCAACAGGCUGCGCAAGCUCAAGCUGCACAGCAGGCUCAGGCUCAGGCUCAGGCUCAGGCUCAGGCUCAAGCUCAGGCUGGAGUUCAACAAGUUUCGCAACCAGUGCCGCAGCAAGUGGUUCAACCUGUUCCUCAACCUGUCGUGCAGCCUCAGGUCAAUGGUACCCCGACUCCGCAGCCAAUGGUGAACGGUGCCGCACCAACGCAAUGA